AGAGGUUCUGCAGCUGGCCCGGACUCCAGGAUCGUCCUGCAGGUCCGGCUCCGCUGCACGGAAGGAUCGGUCAGGUGGGUCCACCCGGGUCAAGCUCUCAGGGUGGUCCUGGAGCCCAAUCUGUCCUCCAGCAGGAGCAGCACCGUCUGCAUCCAGCCGUCCCCGUCCCUCGGCGGAGCCAGCGUGCUCGUGGAGCGGAGCGGCCAGCUGCAGCUGCUGGGGGAGGAGGAUGGUGGGCAGGAGGGGCGGCUCGGCCGGCAACAAGUCUUCUGCUUCCAGGCAAACGGGUCACACAGGCCCGCCAUCUACAUCCAAGGCAGCUGGCAGGGUCCGGGAAGCUGGAGAAGCAGGGUGGGCUUCAGAUAUGAGGUGGGAUCUGUGGCCCCCCAGCAGG